AUGAACGUGCCACAGAAUCACCAAACCGCGUUGCUGAUACAUGACAUCGAUUUGUCUCUUUGUACUCAUCUGUAUUACCGAUACGUUGCAAUUAAUUCAAACGCUUCUAUUGACAGUGUAGAUGCACAUGCAGAUAUAGAAUAUGGAGGACUUAAAAAGUUCAACGAUCUUCGGAAAAAGAAAGGAAGCAUACAAAUCAUACUCGCAGUAAGCUUUAGUUUUCCAGCUACGGAAAGUGUCAACAAUAAAUUAUACACAGAUCAGAAUUUGCGACAAAAACUUGUGAAUAAUCUUGUCAAAUACGUCAAAAAAUACGGAUUUAAUGGAAUAGAUCUCGAUUUGUCAUAUAAUCCUCAACAUGGUGGACAUCCUUCUUCUUAUAAGAAAAAGUACGUUUUACUUUUAAAGGCAAUUAGAGAAAGAUUCCAUAAGGAACGACUCACUUUAUCUGUAGCAGUUGACCCUAAUGAAUCUACUGCUGAGAUAUUAUAUGAUAUUAAAGAAAUCUCUAGAUACGUAAAGUUCAUAAAUUUAAAGACAUUCGAAUUUCACUUAAAUUCUGAUGCGGACAAGAAAGUUGGUGUUGGUCAUACUAGUCCAAUGUAUCAUUCACCAAAGGAAAAUACGGAGGAACGCAAGCGAAACAUUGAUUACGUUGUGAGAUACUGGAUUCGCAAAGGUGCUCCAGAAAACAAGUUAAUACUGGGAACUUAUUUUUCCGGAAUAUCAUAUACUUUGGCUAACCCAAAACAAUUUGGUAGAGGUUCACCAUUUACUACGGAAGGACAAUUUGGCAGUAUGAUGACAUAUUUUGAAUUUUGUGACCAAAUAAAAAAAUGGAAGUAUUUCUUUGACCAUGAACAGAAAGUACCGUAUAAACACAAGGAUAAUCAAGUUAUAGCCUAUGAUGAUGAUCGUUCCCUCGAGAUAAAGGCUAAAUAUGUUCUGGACAUGCAGCUUGGAGGUGCCAUGGUGUAUAGUAUAGAUGCGGAUGAUUUUCCUGGAAAAUGUGGAAAGAAGUUCGCCCUUCUGAAGACUUUGAACCGAGUACUUAGAAAAAAAUGUUAA